AUGCGGAGCUCACUAUCUGUUGCUACUCUGGUAGCCUUUGUUGCUACUGUGUCGGGAUCGGUCGCUCCUCUUCGUGAGAGUGACAUUGAACAUCUCCACGAAGUCAAUCAGGGCCCAUCGGAAUCAGUCUUCUUUCCGGGUUUGUUUCCGACACUGUUAUCCCAGGUAGGCGGUACUCCGAACUUUCUCGAUGCACUGCUUGGAGAUGCAAAGCCAACAGAUACCCCGAGUCCGGAGCCUUCCAGUCCCCCUGAGGCUGUCAGUCCGGUGGAAACGCCGACUCCUGCGGAAACACCCUCUCCAGCAAAGACAUCCACUCCAAUUGAGUCUCCUGCUGCCUCGGAAGAACCUGAUUCGCAGAGUCUCACAUCUCCUUCAGCACCUGCCUCGCCGCAAACACCGAGUUCUUCAGGUGUUCCCUCGUUGCAGUCUUCUACACCGGUCCCUUCCUCCGCAGGAGGUGCCCCCACAACUGUGACCUAUACUUUGACCCCAGCCUCGAGCCAAAGUUCGUCAUCAAAGCAGAUUCAGACAUUCUCAACUCGCCCAAAGCCAGACCCAACCUUCGCCCCGGCGUCCAAGACAUGUGCUCCCAAAGGACAACCCUCGCGUCGUGUCUUCUGGUUGGACCAACAGGACCACAAAGGACAAGGCGCUGGUCUGGCUCCCUAUAUCUCCGAAGAUAACUCGUACCCCGUCUACCGAAAUGUGAUGCACUACGAUGUUGCGAACGAUGGUACGGGCGAUCAGACAGCAAACCUCCAGAAAGCUAUCGAUGACACCGGAACCGGGGAUAGUCGCAAAGGACAUGGGGUCACUCGCUUCCCUGCUGAGGUGUAUCUCCCCAGUGGUGUCUACCAGCUUGGAAGCACGCUCAAAUUGACCGUUGGAACUAUCAUUGUUGGUAACCCCAACAAUCCACCCGUCAUCAAAGCAUCUCCCAGUUUCCGUGGCCAAUUCCUAGUUCUGGGAUACGACAAAAACAACGGAAACCCUGAAACUAGUUUCAUGAUGGUGAUGAAGAACGUGAUCUUGGACACAACUUCGGUGGAUGCCAAUGUCGCCAUCACUGCCCUCCAAUGGGGCGUGGCUCAAGGAUCCGGUUUGACCAAUGUCGAGGUUCGCAUGCCGACUGGCCCUGGUACACACACCGGUAUUGAUCUAAAUGCUGGUUCAACUAUUGCUGUCACCGAUGUGCGCAUCAUCGGCGGUGCCACCGGUAUCAAAAACUCGAAUCAACAGGUCAAUUUCAAAAACAUCCACUUUACCGCGGUUGGCACAGCCUUUUAUGCCGCUGGCGGAUGGACUGUGCUGCUCCAGGGUGCGACUUUUGAGUCCUGUGGUACUGCUGUCAACAUGACCGAUAAUGGACUAGGCAGUCUGGUUCUACUAGACUCGACGUCGACCAACAGUGGAACUGUCAUUCUGUUCCAUGACUCCUCUCAUGACGACGGGAACCAGAACAGCCAGUUCACUAUUGAGAAUCUUUCCCACGAUUCCCAGCACCCUAUCGCGGUUGAUAGCACCGGUGCUACUCGCUUAGGACCUGCUUCGCACAUUGACACUUAUGUCUGGGGCUCAAGAGUACCUGGCCAGUAUGAAACUGGAAAGGCUUUCGUUACUCAGCGAUCGGAGAAUCUACUGGUUGGUGGCAAGUAUUUUACCAAGGCCCAACCUACCUAUGGGGAAUAUGGCGAUGAUGAUAUCGUGAACGUUAAGACGGUGCCGGGCCAUGUCGUCAAGGGUGAUGGCCGAACUGAUGAUACGGAGGCUUUGAAUGCUAUCUUGUUGAAGAACGCUGGGGAGUGCAAGAUUACCUACAUUCCAUUUGGUGUUUACCGAGUUUCCGAUACUCUCUUCGUACCUGUGGGCACUCGAAUGGUUGGUGAGGCAUGGGCUGUCAUCUCAGGCUAUGGUGAUGCCUUCAAGAAUCCCCGUCAACCUCGUGCGGUUGUCCAGCUUGGUCGCCCUGGAGAUGUCGGCGUUAUUGAAAUUCAGGACAUGCGGUUUGCAGCAGGUGAAAUUCUCCCUGGUGCAAAGAUUUUGGAGAUUAACGCUGCCGGAGCCCAACCUGGAGAUGUUGGUCUAUGGAACACCAUCGUCACAGUUGGAGGUACCGCCGAAACGACAAUUUCCAAUAGCUGUACCUCACAGGAUCCCAAGGACUGCAUGGCUGCCUUCAUGGUGAUGCACCUAACAAACAGCUCGUCUGCAUACAUCGAGAACUUCUGGGGAUGGACAGCGGACCACAACCUGGAUAGCGAAUCUCUUCUCACCAUCAUUUCGACCGGUCGUGGUAUUUUGGUCGAAGCGACUCAAGGCACCUGGCUCACCGGUACUGGCUCCGAGCACCACUGGCUCUACAACUACAAUUUCCACAAGGCCGAAAACGUGUACGCCGGUCUUCUCCAGACUGAGUCGCCUUAUAUGCAAGGUUCUGGCGAAUAUGAGAAGGCACCCGCACCCUGGUUUGCCUAUGCCCAAUAUGGAGAUCCGGACUUCUCAUGGUGCUCCACUGACGACGACAAAUGUCGCAGCGCGCUGGCCACUAAUAUUGACGGGGGCUCCAACAUUGCCCUCUACAAUUCUGCUGCCUGGGCCUUCUUCGAUGGGUCGUGGAAUGGUCUCUACAAUGAGCCCUGUGAGGGUAAGUGUCAAUCGAAUAUGAUGCGUGUUGUUGGAUCGCCACACAACUUGGUGUGGUACUCGAUCGGCACCCGCAUGACGGAUGUGAUGAUCUUGGACGGAAAGACUAAUCCGACCGAGACGAGCCAUCCUGGUGGAUGGGAAGGAAUAAUUCAGGCCUAUAGAGAAUUCUCUGCAUAG